CACCGGGGCUGGGGCUGACGGGGCUCUCGGUGACACCGGGGCUGCUGGUGGCACUGGGGCUGCCGGUGACCCCAGGUCUGGGGCUGCUGGAGCUGCCGGUAACACCGGGGCUGGGGCUAUCAGGACUGCCGGUAACACCGGGGCUGCCGGUGACCCCGGGGCUGGUGUAACACCGGGGCUGCGGAGCUACCAGUGCUGCGGUGACCCCGGGGCUGCGGAGCGCGGAUCGGGGUCCCCAGCUCAGCCCAAAGAGGCAGCAUGAGGGACGUGCUUGGGUCUCGGUACCAGUGGAGCCUCAUCCGUCUUGCCUGGAUGUGCCUGUUUUCCACCCUGCCGCACGGCGGGGCCAAGGUGCUGGAGAAGACCUUUGAGGAGUGGAUGCGGUACCGUGACGAAUGCUUGAGGAGGAUGGCAAGCGAGCCCUACCCGGCAGGGCUCUUCUGCAACCGGACAUUUGACAUGUACGCAUGCUGGCCUGACGGGAGCCCCGGCACCGCCGUCAACGUCUCCUGCCCCUUCUACUUGCCUUGGUUUGAGAAAGUGAAACACGGGCUGGUGAGCCGCCGGUGCGGUGCCGACGGGCAGUGGGUGACGGUGAAUGGCAGCCAGCCCUGGCGGGACUACUCGCAGUGCGAGGAGGAGAUGGAGUCCACCAUGGAGGAGGAAGGUGCCCGUGGGCUGAUGGUGAGCUUCAAGGUGCUCUACACCGUGGGCUACUCACUCUCGCUCCUGACUCUCAUCUCUGCCCUGCUUGUCCUCACUGUCUUCAGGAAGCUCCGCUGCACCAGGAACUACAUCCACGCCAACCUCUUCGCCUCCUUUGGGCUGCGGGCGACCUCGGUGAUGGUGAAGGACGCGCUCCUGGAGAAGCGCUGGGGCAUGGAGGUGGUGCAGGUGGCCGACUGGGAGGCCCUGCUGAGCCACGAGGCGGCGCUGGGCUGCCGGGCGGCGCAGGUGCUGAUGCAGUACUGCAUCCUGGCCAAUCACUACUGGUUCCUGGUGGAAGCCGUCUACCUCUACAAGCUGCUCAUCGGGGCCGUCUUCUCCGAGAAGAAUUACUACCGGCUCUACCUCUACCUGGGCUGGGGGACCCCCGUGGUGUUCGUGGUGCCCUGGAUGGCCGCCAAGUACCUGAAGGAGAACGCGGAGUGCUGGGCGCUGAAUGAGAACAUGGCUUACUGGUGGAUCAUCCGCAUCCCCAUCCUGCUCGCCUCCCUGAUCAACCUGCUGAUCUUCAUGCGGAUCCUCAAGGUGAUCCUGGCCAAGCUUCGCGCCAACCAGAAGGGCUAUGCAGACUACAAGCUGCGGUUGGCCAAAGCCACGCUCACCCUCAUCCCCCUCUUUGGAAUCCACGAGGUCGUCUUCAUCUUUGCCACAGACGAGCAAACCACGGGCAUCCUGCGCUACAUCAAGGUGUUCUUCACCCUCUUCCUCAACUCCUUCCAGGGCUUCCUGGUGGCUGUGCUCUACUGCUUCGCCAAUAAGGAGGUGAAGUCGGAGAUGAAGAAGAAGUGGCAGCUCUGGAAGCUCGACCACCCGGCGCUCUGCUGCGCGCAGUGAGGUGGUGCCCGAGCCUGCGGGGCUGCUGGCUGCGACGGGCACGGCCGGAGGGUGAGGGGCUGCGCAGAAGCCGUUCUGUGGCAGCGUACACCCGUGCUGGCCAGGCUGGGAGCGGUGUCACGGCUCUGCUGCACCCGAGAGCGCUGGAGAGGACAUCCAAGGGGCAGGCAGGGACCCAGGGCUCUUACUGAACAUCAGAGACCCCUCAGAAGAGCCUCGCCUGGGCUUGGUCAGCUGCACGGGGAGGCGGCUGCUGCUGUUGACCGCUGCCUGUACCCCAUCACUACCCCUGU